AUGGUACAGGAAAAGCGCGAGGCAGAGCGAAAGCGGCUAGAAGAAAAGGAAAAAGCUGCGGCAGAGAAGGGUUUAGCCGAAGCAGCUAAAGGUCACGCACCUACCCCAUUCGCGAUAUUGAAGAAACAAGAUGAAGGAGAAGCAGCUGUAAUCAGACAGUCGCUGAUACAGCAGAUUGACAUCAUCUUGCAAGAUCCUCUCGCGGUAUCGAAAGAGGAAUACAAAAUCUUCCUGGAUGAAAAGGUCAACCUGACGAAAGGAAAUAGACCGUCCCAGGUUAUCAAAAUUGCGAUCGAAGAACGAAUCGACAGGAUGAGAAAUUUCCGAAAACGGGAGAAAGAUGUGGUUGAGGCCCUUCGGAACUUCAAGAAAGAGGAGUUCAAACGCCCAAAAUCACCUCAAAGAGAUGAUCGCAACCGCGGCUAUGAAAGGUCGUCAGACCGCUCCCGAGAAAGGUCAUGGGACAGACAUCAUAACGACCGAUACAGUGGAUACGCGAGAGAUACGCGUACGUCGGAGCAAAAGAGAAGGGAUGAAGAACGUAUCCGACGUGAAAAAGAACAAAGAGAAAAGCGCCGCCAAGAAGAAGCGGAAGAAAAGCGCUUGGCGGAGGAAUACAGGAAAAUCAACGAAACCUGUAAUAGGCAGCAGGAGAAGGAACGGGCUGCUAAGGAAACGCAAAAUCGCGAUUUACAGAAUCGAGAAGGAAGAAGUGAAGGCUCGAGUAAAUCAACAUCCUCAAAGGGGCCAUAUGAUCAAGAGUGGGUCCAGGAUAACCUGAACAUGGCUGAUUAUGAGUUUGGAGACAAAUCCUACAACAGCAAAAGGUCAUCCAGCUCAGAAAGCCACCGCACGCCUAAGAGCCCGCGCAGAAUGCAGUCAGUAGUCCAUUCUGUUUGUUCAACGUUCAAGUCAGCCGAGAAACAACCGGAAAAGCAAUUGGACGAGGUCAUGGAAUGCAGCCCGUCAUCCUCGAAUGUCAUUGAAGUUCACGGAGACGAGGAUAUGCGACCGUCAAGACGAAACAUCAUCUUCGAUCUUGAGCAUCAGCUUACAAGCGCGGAGAUGGCGAGUAAUGCACCGCCAGAAUCAGAUUCAGAGAAGGGCGACCAGAAAGGUCAAUCAAAGGUCACCGCUCCGAGGAGACAUUCCUCCAAACCAUCGAGCUGGUAUAUGAAAUGA